CACGCGCGCAGACAACCUAACGCUGCCUAGCGCGCUCGGUAACUACCAACGGAUCUCCCGGCUGAGAGGAAGCAACGAGAGGAAACCAGAGUAGAUGAUGACCGGGAUCCAUAAUAAAAUGUGUUGGAGCCGGGCCCUUCACGCUGGCUGGCUGCUGCUGCUGGUCCAGUUCCUUUGCCUCGAGGCGGUGCCCAUAAGCAUGGAUAAGACUAAAGUCCUCGAGCCAGAGAAGAAAACAGAAGAGGCCCCAGCUAGUGUGGACACUGGACUCCACUACGACCGUUACCUCAGAGAAGUCAUCGAUUUUCUAGAGAAAGAUCAGCAUUUCAGAGAAAAGCUCCACAAUACAGACAUGGAAGACAUCAAGCUGGGUAAGCUGGCCAAAGAACUGGACUUUGUCAGCCACCACGUCAGAACAAAGUUGGAUGAGUUGAAGAGGCAGGAGGUAAACAGACUCCGUACUUUGAUUAAGGCCAAGCAAGACCUUGAAGGAGGGAAUGAUAUAGCAGUUGACCACCAGGCUCUGCUGAAGCAGUUCGAGUACCUGAACCACAUGAACCCGCAUACAUUUGAAGUGGAUGACCUGGACCGGCUCAUUAAAUCGGCCACUAAAGAUCUGGAAAACUAUGACAAAGAGAGACACGAGGAGUUCAAGAAGUAUGAAAUGACCAAAGAGCAUGACAGACAGGAACACCUAAAAACACUGGAUGAGGACGAAAGGAAAAAAGAGGAGGAGCACUAUGAGGAGAUGAAGAAGAAGCAUGCGGACCAUCCUAAAGUCAACCACCCAGGUAGCCAAAAUCAACUGAAGGAGGUGUGGGAGGAAGGGGACGGCUUGGACCCUGAAGAUUUUGACCCAAAGACCUUUUUCAAUCUGCAUGAUUCAAAUGGAGAUGGCUUUUUUGAUGAACAGGAAUUGGAGGCAUUAUUCACCAAAGAGCUGGAAAAAAUCUAUGACCCAACUAAUGAGGAGGAUGAUAUGGUGGAGAUGGAGGAAGAGCGGUUACGCAUGAGAGAGCAUGUUAUGAAUGAGGUGGAUUCUAACAAAGACAGACUAGUUUCUUUGGAAGAGUUUCUUGUUGCUACAAAGAAAAAGGAGUUCUUGGAACCAGACAGCUGGGAGACCCUGGAGCAGAACCAAGCUUACACAGACGAGGAGAUGAAGGAAUUUGAGGAUCAUCUUGUGCAGCAGGAACAGGACCUCUACCAGAAAGCUGAUGACCUCCAGAAACAGAGAGAUGAGCUGGAGAGACAGCAGGAGCAGCUUAAUGCGCAAAAAGUAGAGCUGCAACAGGCCGUUGAGCAUAUGGAAAAGCUGAAAUCCCAGAAAGUAGAACCCCCUCCAGAGAUUCACGGAAAUGCCGUCCCAGAGAUGCACGAGGUGGACAACCAGUUGCAUCAUGAACAAGGGGCCCACCAAGUGCAGGAGCAAGAACCUGAACCCCAAGUUCAACAACAUACACCUCAGGAACACCAUGAACAUCAAGACCCGGCCCAGCAAGGUCUCCCCCAGACACACCAGGAUCUGCCACCAGGCCACCAGGAUGCUGCACAUGACCAGCCUAACCUGCCAUAACUGUGCGGUCAGAACUUGAACCUCCACAACCAGACUGCAGCAGCCACUCCAGCGGGCGGAGUGGCUCCGCAUUAGGCCUCGUAAAACCAGCAAGACUUUGGAGGUCACUCAAAGAUUAGUAAGAACGGCACAAAAGAAAUCCCCCCUGAAUGAUACCAGUUUGAUAAUAGCUGUAAGGCUUUGGAUUACAUAACGGAAUUGAGAUAAAAUUAGUCAAAUUAACAACCAAGGAUGUGCAUCUUUUUGCUUUACUUGUUUUUUGCUGUUGAAAGUACAGUAACAAACAAUAACAAUGCUACUGAUUCCACAAGUUAGAUAUGUACAGUGCAGCUGUUAAAUACGAUAAGGUGUAAAAAGUUAUUUAAAUUAGUGACUGAUGGCAAACAGUGUUUCACUCGGCUCAGAGAUUUUAGAAAAUGAGUGCAAUAGACAUUUAAAAAAAAAAACCAACACAUCUAUUAUAGCAUUCAAGAACCCAUAAGUGAACCCCGACUGCUCAGAGAUCUACCAGCAUGUUUGAUUCGCUCUUCUUGUGGAAUCUGGUUGCUGUUACCUGUUAACUGUUUGCCUACCAUGUUAUGUGUAUAGUCCAAUUUUCUCUCAACCGCAGAAAAUAAGUCUUCUUCCUAAAAUGACAUCUGGUACAGUCAUACAGAAACGGAUUAUUUUCUGGCCACAACACAGCUGAACUCUUUGAGGUCAAAAUACAUAAAGGUGCUAGGUUCUUUAAAUAAAGAUGGGUGUGGAACCACUCUCCACGUUUCUCCUACUCCAUUACGCCACGGUUUUGCUUUAUAGUAGCAUUUAAGAUCUGGUUUGUGUUUAUAGAUGAGUGGAUAGUGAUUUCCAAUUCAAUUUUAAACGCUGAAUUUUUAAAGUGCUGGAUUUGGUGAACUAGUUCAUUUCUAAAGAUAUGAGAAAAAGUGCAACGCACUGAUUAGGUGAGUGUGGGAGAUUGGCAUCGAAUAUAUUACCACUUCUUUUUUUAUUGUCCAAUAAGGUCAAUAGUCCAAAACUCAUUUGACAUACGUGGCGCGGCAUAUUUUCCUCACAAAGGACCAGUUUGGUGUAAUUGCUCUGCUAUCCAAGUGUUUUUCAUGUAAUGUUGGGGUUUCUUCUAACUGGCACAAUGUUGCCAUAGCGAUCACGUUUACCUAUUGGCCACUUUUUACUGAAGAAAGCUUCAUUUGCAUCCAAUGAAAUAAGUGGUUACUUUCUUUAAAAUCCAGAUAUGGAAAACACGUUUUAUCUUGUUUUCUGUGUAAGUUGUUUACUGUGCCCAAAGUGUUCCUUAUGGGUGAUCCAAUACUGUGUCAUCAUUUGCACCAAAUACAGAUUGUGUUAUCUGACCGCUUGCUGCUGGAUAAAAUAAGUCAUUUUGGCAAUACCGUAUACCACCCCUGUUCAAGAUAAUAAAACAUGUAUCACCGUUCA